GAGUUCGCGAAUCCGCACAAAUAAAGGGUGACUGACAAGCCAGCACCAUGGAUUACGUGAAAAAGGCGAUUUGGGGGCCGGAUCCCAAGGAACAGAUGAGAAAGAUCAACCAGCUUCUCAGAAAGAACAAACGAGAACUUGAAAGAUCCAUGAACCAGUUGCAGCCCUUGAAGAAGAAAACCGAAGGGUUGAUCAAGAAUGCUGCUAAGGCUAAGGAUCUCAAGACGGCACGGCUCUAUGCCCGGGAAUUGCAGAACAUCAAUAAGCAGUAUAACAAAUUGCAUUUAUCGAAGGCCCGAGUCGAUUCCAUCAACAUGUCCAUUAACGAGCAGUAUUCCAUGAACAAGUUGACGACAAGCAUGAAGAGCUCGACAUCGGUGAUGCGAGAUGUCAACCAGUUGGUGCAUUUGGGGGUUGUUUCAGGAACAAUGCAAGAACUUCAGAAGGAGUUGAUGAAGUCAGGCAUUAUAAACGAGAUGAUGGAUGACAUGAUAGACUUGGAUGUAGACGAGGACGAGUUGGAAGACGAAUCACAACAGGAGAUCAACAAGAUCAUUGAGGACUUAACUAAGAAUGAAUUCAGCAAGAUAGACACCCAAGUGCCCACUGAGAGUGUCGAAGAGCCUCAGGAACAAGAAGCUGCGUUCGAAGAGGACCAUGAGGCCUUGGAUGAAAUGAGACAGCGAUUGCGGGCCCUACAGGAGUGAACUCUUUCGGUGUAGAAUCCAGUAUCUGUGUACCAUAAUAUAUUUAGUAGCCGUUGGGUUCGCUUUGUGCACC